AUGUGCUAUCACAAACGCAUCAUCUACAGCUGUGGACACGACGGCUGGGGCACCGAGAUCAGGGCCUGUGAUCACCAGCGGGCUUUCGACGACGGGUCCUGGCCGAUCGCCUGCCCUGAUAUGUUUGCGCAUCCGCUGCACUCUGUGAAAUUGCAGAGGAUGUGUAAGGAUUGUAAUUGGAAGGCGGCGAGGACCGCUGAUAAGCUGAUCCAGGUGAAGAUGGCGAUGAGGGAGUUGAAUGAGACGGUGAGGAAAUUGAAGAUGGCUGGCGCUUCUGAGGUGGAGGAGGGAUUGGAGGAUGUUGGGGGGAGGGUGGAAGGGUGA